AUGCGGGAGCGAGAAUGCGAUAUCGCGUGUAUCUCGGAGCCGUACCGAGUUCCGAGGGAUCCUAGAUGGGUUGGUUCGGCGGAGGCGACCCCUAUGGCUGCCAUUAUGUGGCAGGGUCCAAAACCUCCGAAAUCGAUAACCGUUAUUGGUCGGGGAAAGGGAUUCGUGGCGGUCCUAUGGGACGGCUGCGUGGUGGUCUCAGGAUACUUCUCCCCCAACAGGACUAUAAAUCAGUUUCGUGCGUUUCUCUCGGCAAUUGGGGAUGUAUUGGGGAGCUCGGUCAUCGAUCUUACUUGGGUCUCCCACGCGGUUCUGGCGGAUAUCAGGAAAUGGGAAGUUGCAACAGAGGAAGAGACGCUGUCCGAUCAUAAGUAUGUGUUUCUGGACAUGGGACAUGGAGGUGGAACACAAAGGGAUAGACGAACAGCUAGAGGGUUCCCUCAGUGGAAUUUGAAAAGCCUGAAUGCGGACCUUCUGUGCGCCUGUGUAGCUACGAGACUCUGGCCUAGGGCUGAUGAAAAUCGAUCCGCGGAACAACUGGCAGAAUGGAUACAAACAAUCCUUACAGAGGCUUCGAGGGUCGCGAUGAGUAGAUCCAGAAACCACCACAAUCGACCGGUGUACUGGUGGAAUGCUGAAAUUGCUGAACUCCGCAAGGAGUGUGUACGACUGCGUAGGCGGGUAACACGAGGACGCAGGAGACACCGUGCUGCGGUCCCACCCCUGGAGGCUGAGCUGGCCCAAGCCAGGGGAGCGUUAAGAAAGGCAAUUAAAGAGGCGAAGAACAGAGCGUGGGCUGAACUUCUGGCAGAAGUGAAUAAAGAUCCCUGGGGGCGGGCAUACAAAAUAGUAACCGGAAAGAUGAGACCUCGGACUAGGCCGGUUAAUGAAGAGUUAUCGGAAGCUUAG